UGUGUUGCCGUGGUAACCACAGACAUAACUGCCGUGGCGGAUAUGGCCGGCCUGAGCUGCGCGCAGAUCCCCGAUGGGGAGUUCACCGCGGUCGUGUACCGGCUCAUCCGCGAUGCCCGCUACGCCGAGGCGGUGCAGCUGCUGGGCCGAGAGCAGCAGCGGAGCCCGCGGAGCCGCGCCGGCCUGUCGUUGCUGGGCUACUGCUACUACCGCCUGCAGGAGUUCGGGCUGGCGGCCGAGUGCUAUGAGCAGCUGAGCCAGCUGCACCCGGACCUGGAGCAGUAUCGCCUGUACCAGGCCCAGGCCCUGUACAAGGCCUGCCUUUAUCCGGAGGCCAACCGGGUCGCCUUCCUUCUCCUGGAUAACCCCGCCUACCACAGCCGGGUCCUCCGCCUGCAAGCUGCCAUCAAAUACAGCGAGGGCGAUCUGCCAGGGUCCAGGAGCCUGGUGGAGCAGCUGCUGAGUGGGGAAGGGGGAGAAGAUAGUGGGGUCGAGAAUGAGACCGAUGGCCAGGUCAACCUGGGUUGUUUGCUCUACAAGGAGGGACAGUAUGAAGCUGCCUGCUCCAAGUUUUUUGCGGCCUUGCAGGCCUCGGGCUACCAACCUGACCUUUCCUACAACCUGGCUUUGGCUUAUUACAGCAGCCGGCAGUAUGCUGCAGCGCUGAAGCAUAUCGCUGAGAUUAUUGAGCACGGUAUCCGCCAGCACCCUGAGCUAGGUGUGGGCAUGACCACUGAGGGCAUUGAUGUUCGCAGUGUUGGCAACACCUUAGUCCUCCACCAGACUGCUUUGGUGGAAGCCUUCAACCUUAAGGCAGCCAUAGAAUACCAGUUGAGAAACUAUGAGGCAGCUCAAGAAGCCCUCACUGACAUGCCACCCAGGGCAGAGGAAGAGUUGGACCCUGUGACUCUGCACAACCAGGCACUAAUGAACAUGGAUGCCAGGCCUACAGAAGGGUUUGAAAAGCUACAGUUUUUGCUCCAACAGAAUCCCUUUCCCCCAGAGACUUUUGGCAACCUGUUGCUGCUCUACUGUAAAUAUGAGUAUUUUGACCUUGCAGCAGAUGUCCUGGCAGAAAAUGCCCAUUUGACUUACAAGUUCCUCACACCCUAUCUCUAUGACUUCUUGGAUGCCAUGAUCACUUGCCAGACAGCUCCUGAAGAGGCUUUCCUUAAGCUUGAUGGGCUAGCAGGGAUGCUGACUGAGGUCCUCCGGAAACUCACCAUACAAGUACAGGAAGCAAGACACAAUAGAGAUGAUGAAGCUAUCAAAAAGGCAGUGAAUGAAUAUGAUGAAACCCUGGAGAAGUAUAUUCCGGUGUUGAUGGCUCAGGCAAAAAUCUACUGGAACCUUGAAAAUUAUGCAAUGGUGGAGAAGAUCUUUCGCAAAUCUGUGGAAUUCUGUAAUGACCAUGAUGUGUGGAAGCUGAAUGUGGCCCACGUUCUGUUCAUGCAGGAAAACAAAUACAGAGAAGCCAUUGGUUUCUAUGAACCCAUAGUUAAGAAGCAUUAUGAUAACAUUCUGAGUGUCAGUGCUAUUGUACUGGCUAAUCUCUGUGUUUCCUAUAUUAUGACAAGUCAAAAUGAAGAAGCAGAGGAGUUGAUGAGGAAAAUUGAAAAGGAGGAAGAGCAGCUCUCUUAUGAUGACCCAGAUAAGAAAAUGUACCAUCUCUGCAUUGUGAAUUUGGUGAUAGGAACUCUUUAUUGCGCCAAAGGAAACUAUGAGUUUGGUAUUUCUCGAGUUAUCAAAAGUUUGGAGCCUUAUAAUAAAAAGCUGGGAACAGAUACCUGGUAUUAUGCCAAAAGAUGCUUCCUGUCCCUGUUAGAAAACAUGUCAAAACACACAAUGAUGGUUCAUGACAAUGUUAUUCAAGAAUGUGUCCAGUUUCUAGAACACUGUGAACUUCAUGGCAGAAACAUACCUGCUGUUAUUGAGCAACCCCUGGAAGAAGAAAGAAUGCAUGUUGGAAAGAAUACAGUCACAUAUGAGUCUAGGCAGUUAAAAGCUUUGAUUUAUGAGAUUACAGGAUGGAAUAUAUAGUAAUAGCUGAUAAUGGCAUUUAUCAAAUGGUUUAUUAUGUAAAUUUGCAUUGCUUUAACUUUUGGCAUCUUUGUAUUUGUUACAUGUUGAGCUUUGUACACUUAGACAUUAUAAAAAAAAUAAUAAGUAGCUAAAACUUUUGCUGCUGAUAAAUUUUCCACAAAGUGAAAUAUUCUAAGAACUUUUACCCCAGAAGGAGUUAGGAAAAAAUCCAAACUUAUGAGAGAUGUUUCUAUCAGAAGUUGUAAUGACUUUUUUUCCUUUCCUUUGUCAUAUUCUGUGCUGUGAUGCAGCUUGAGGGGCCUUUGCACAAGGAUUACCUCUUUCAGGGGCCAAGCAGUAUCUCAGUAGUAGUUAAGAGCAGUCUUUAAUCAUUUCAGGGAUUGUGUGUUCUGUUCUCGCAAUUUACUCUCACAUUAAUUUGUAAUGCAUGCUUUUUAUAUAGACUUCAGGAUAUUUUGGCAGUGUUUUCUAUUAUGGAUAUAAUGCUUCACCUAACCAAAAUUCCUUAGGUUGUAAGUGUUUAUUUUAUUUUUUAACAAGCAAAAGUCAGUAAAAAAUGUUGUUGCCUUAACAAAAUUAUGGCGCUAUAAUGUAGAGACAAUGAACAAUUAUCAAAGAACAAUUUUCCCUGAUUUUCUUUUGCUCCCUUUAAUACAUAUAUGUACAAAAUACACUGUUGCUAUUUUCCAUAAUAACUUUUUAAAUAUUUAUCUCUGUGACAAAUAACAGGUAUCCUGAGAAUUCAGGGGUUUGGUUGUUUGUUUAAGAGACAGAGGUUUUAUUAUGUUUGUUGCCCGGGCUGGUAUCUAACUCCUGCACUUAAGCAAUACUUCCACUUCAGCUUCCCAAGUAGCUGGGACUACUGGCACAAAUCACUGGGUCCAGCUGGAACUCCCUUCUUAAUUCCUACCUUUGUGUUUGCAAUUUAGGAUAUGCUGGAUAUACAGUGUUUCCAUGUUGUAACCUCUUGGAUAGGAAAAAAAUCUUGGCUACCAGGCCUGGCCAAAAAGGUCAAUUCUGAGUUGUAACAUUCAUUUCAUGUCCACAACUCCCAAUGAUUUUUUGGAGUUCCCACUGGGAACCACAUAAAUUCUGAUCAGGCAUUUUAUUUUCUGAAACUUAGAAGAGCUUUACUAUUUGAUUUCCCACUCCUCACUCCUCUCUCUCCACAAAAAGUAACUGUCAACCUAAUUUGACCUGGCUUAGAAAAAUCAAGAGUAUUAGAUUGAAUCAUAUGAAAUUAUUGAUUUUGACAGUUUUUGAUGUACAAAACUAGCAGUUUCUUAUGGCUCAAACUAGUAGCUUUCUUCUGAAGGGUAGAGAACUUCUGCCAUAAUGAGAUGAUUUUUUUCCUUCAAGGAAAAGGAAACACUUAGCCACAUAGGUACCGAUAAGAAACAUGCUCAACAUAACUCCUCUGUAUCAUGACUUCCUGAGUGCUCAAAUUGUAUUAUACCAGGAAAUUUGGCUUCUUGUGAAGUUCAAUCAUUUUGAAUUUAUGGCAUUUUAAAUCUUAAUUAUCUGAGCUCCUAUCAUUUACCACUGAUGCUUUAGUCUCAGUGGAGGACAAGCUUUGGAGGACAAGCAAUGUUUAGUGACCUCUUCACUGUAUCCAAUAGCACAUUCCAUGUCUGGGAAAUGUUCUUUGUUUAACAACUUCUGUACUAAAAGUGUUGCUGCAUUUCAGCUCCUGUCAAUCUUGGUAGCCCCUUAAGAUUUAGAAAGUAAAUGAACUGAAAUCUUGUUUUCAA